AAUUCGCUAUCAUAUUUCACAAGGUCGUGCAAAAUAUUUUAGGUUUUAUAAAAGUUUAUCACACACUUUAUUAUCAAUAAUAACUGAUUAAUUAUAUCUGGAAAUAAUUUAUCUGUCGGUCACGCCUCUAAUUGACAGUUCAUUCACAGUGGUGAAGGCGUGUACAUGUAUAUUGGAGUAGUGAAAAACUUAUAUUUAUAUAUUAUUUACGUUUAGAAAGUGUUUAAAAUGUCAGUGUUAAAUAAUUUUACAGUGUCAAUAGCUAAGGGCAUCAGACGUCUUCGUCAAAGUAAGGAGCUGUGCGACCGGGGCUCGGGUCUCACACGAAAGCAGCACGGCUCUAAUGAACAUCGUCUGAAGAUGCAGAAAUGUCUCAUCGUCUCCAAAGUGACCAGAUAUGAAUAUGAAAAGCACAGCCAUGAUAAUAUAGAAGAUUCAAAGCUGGAGAAGAUCUUAAGGAAGCGUGGGUCAGAUUAUGACGCCAUGAUCAGCACUCAUCGGGAGCAGAAAGCGUUUGAGGCGAGUGUUGCCCGAAAUCUUAAGGAUAUGGGACUCGAAGUGGAAAUGGCUAGUAGAUUAACAUACAACGAAGAAUUAAUAAAUUGGUGCGAUGUGGUGGUACCGUGUGGCGGGGAUGGGACUUUUCUCUUGGCAGCUUCGAGAGUUCGAGAUGCAAACAAACCAGUCAUCGGCUUCAACAGCGCGCCGCACAAGUCGGUCGGUCGUCUUUGCUUGCCAACUUGGUGUUCAAAUGACGUCAAGGGUGCGCUACAAGCGUUAAAAGAGGGCAGGUUCACAUGGAUGAGGCGUUCCAGGAUAAGGACAACGAUCACAUCUGAGCCGAAACUUCUGGAUACCAUAACACCCGUCGACUUGCACACUUUGCACUAUUGCAGAUAUCCUCCAGUAUCAAAUCCACACGAUAGUCCAGAUACUUCAAAAAGUUCGAACUUCAGUACGGAGGAGUCAAAUUCGACGCUAGCGACUAAAGUUCUGCCGUUUCUAGCUUUAAAUGAGGUGUUUAUAGGUGAGAGUGUGACGUCCCGAGUUUCUCUGCUCCGGCUGCAAAUCGACAACGGUCAGUGGACGCACACGAAGAGCUCCGGCCUGUGCGUCACCACCGGCACGGGCAGCACGUCCUGGCAUUAUAGUAUAAAUUGUCUCAGAACUCAUUCGGUCCUGGAGCUGAUGAAGAUUCUCGGCGAGGAGUUCAACGUAAAGAUGGACAGCUCCUUGGAGAAGGCGAGAGAAGUGACCGAGAGAUAUAACCAGAAACUGAUGUUCCCAGCAGACUCGGAGCACCUGGCGUACUCGGUGCGCGAGUACAUCACGUUCGAGGAGUGGCCCGCGCCGCGCGGCCUUCGCGUGCGCGACCGAGCCGCUGCCGUGCGCGUGCGCUCGCACUGCAGCGACGCGGGCUUGGUAGUUGAUGGCAGUGUAUCAUUUCCUUUCAAUGACGGAACAGAAGCGUUGCUCGAAAUCCACCCGGAGGAUUCCCUCAUGACAGUGCACAUGGAUGACACACUGCCGUAUUAAUGCAACAUAUAUGUAUUCGUAUUUUCCCAAACUAUCCAAUGGGUAAUCGUUAAUUGCCGCUAUAAAAAUAUCUUUAAUGGUAACCCAGAAUGAUGAUUUCCAUCUCAAUGCCGUGUCCUUUUAUCAUAUGAUGCACAAAUAUAUAUCUUUUAUUGCAUUUAUGUUUUGGGUCACCAGUCAUAAAACAGCUUAGCUAAUACGAUUCGUUUGUCUAGCCGUGAGUUUGAGUCUUUUAGUCUGCGUGAUGCAUAGAUAGACGAUAGUUAAGAAAACUGUGUUUUUGGUGUGUAUUGAGUUGUUUGUGUCUAUAUAUAUUUGUGGUCCUACGCCUAUGUUCUUUCCGAUGGAGAGUGCACUUGUGUUUACGCGCACACUCGACAAUUAUAAUAUUCUGCUCAGUUUCCUAUUCUCUCUUGAGAAUGGUCGCCCUGAACGCAGUCAGUCAGGAGAAGGUCGUCAGUGACAUAGUUAAAAAGUAGAUCUAAAACUAAGGUUGUAGGUUCAAUUACAGAUAGUGGGCAUUUACAAUACGACUGAAUCAAUAUCUACGUACACUUGCUUUCAUAUAUAUUUAUAAUAUAAUAAAUUGAGUUGAUUGAGUCCAACCCGCAAUGGAGCAGCGUGGUAGAAUAAGCUCCAAACCAUCUCAUCAAAAGGGAGAGGAGGCCUUAGUCCAGCAGUGGGACAUUAACAGGCUGUUACUGUACUGAGUUGAUAAACCUCAUUAUGCUAUGAUUGAUGAAAUACGAUACGAUUCGCAAUGGGAUGAGAGAUGGGUGCUAACAUAGUAAAUUUAAGUGCUGUCUGUAAGACGUAAAUUAAAAAAAAAACGAUACCUUUUUUAACUCGAUGUAUUUUCGCUCGAUAUAAGAAUUUCAUAAUCCACUUUAGCUGCAUGUAGUCGUUUAAAAUAUACGUCAAAACAAGCCUUAGCAAUUUCGCGUAAUUUCUUAAAAUCGAUUUAGUUUUGACUAUAUUUAUAUGCAAAAAGAUUAUUAAAUGCGAUGUCUUCAUUUAAGGUAAAAAGGUUCGUUAAUGUUCAAUAGUAAUUCGAAAAUAUGUUUAUAUGAAUUUAUAAUGGAAAUAAUUACGAACUUUGAAUAUGAAAUUUCAUUUUUGUGUAAUGUUGAAUUGGUUGAUUGAUCGAUUUCAAUGACAGGAGUAAAGAUAAAGAAGUUUGACCUUAAACUGACGUCAUCGUUGGUCGAUAUUUAAAUGAUCUGUGGUGUUCACUAUGGAUUCGUGCAAAAAUUUAAAUUUAUAUGGGAUAAUAUUGCAUUAUAAUUAAUAAUGAUGUAAUAAUAAAGAACUGUUUGUACAUAAGUGAGUACAUAAUACAGCAGAGCUAUUAGUAAAUCUUAUGGAAUGUAAAUCUAUGCUUUGUUUGUCUUUGGUACUGUCAUUGGAUUAUAGUAUAGUAUAAGACUGAAUUUAUAUAAGAACAACUUGCCUUAUGUAGACAAUUGUGCAUCCUAUGUGAUAAUUAUAUAUAAGUGUACAUUUUUCCAAGUGAUUGUUUUGAUUUCGUUGUCUCGUCGCAUUAACGUACUGGGGCAAAAUGUCACAACUUGAAAAUUGUAUGUUUUCAAAUAUAUCUUUUUUUAUAUUUCUCGGUUGCCAUUGUUUAGGUGAACUUUUGUGUAUUCUCUUUUUUACACAUAACACAUGAAAAACGUUCACCAACGCGGAUUUAUUUUAAAAGGGUAUCUUUGAGAAUUAUAAAUUCUUAUUAAAUCUAUGAAAGGAUAUAUCGAUACAGAGUCAAAAGAUUGGAUAUAAAACAUUAUGAGUGAAGUGAAUGCGACAAAAUAACGAAAUCUUACUUAUGUUACAGUGAGUUCGGAAUAUAUUUAUAUAAUAUAUAAUAUUGUUCUAGUUUGUUAAACAUAUAAUUUGGUAUAUACUUAAUAUAUUUACAUAAUUUAUUGUUUCAAGAGAUAAAUUAUUGUUAAGUAUAAUCAUUAGGAUUGUGAUAACCCAAAAAAAUAAAUAAAUUAUAUUUAUUUUUACACGUUGUAUCAUAAUUGGUUAAAAUAUUUAAAAUAAAAAUUGUGUAUCUGUAUUUAUUUAUUUUUUAAUUUAUUAAAUGUAAUUAAAUUUUGAAAUAUCUUCGUAUAUUUAUCUAUCUAUGUAUUAAGUUUCGAGAACAUCCCUGAAAGUCCGCUUACUAUAUUUAAAAAACGAUUCGUUUUAUUGCCGUCUUAAUUUAUCCGAUAGUAAUUCGUAGCCUUCUCAUAUAUAUAGGCAAUGGUUGCUUAUAAAUCAAGCUUAGACAUUUCUACAAUCCGUAGGCAAAAUUGUUUCUUGAAUAUAGUAACCGUUCAUAAGAUAAUUACGUUUUAUAUGAAUUAUAUUUUACAUUUGUGUAUAUUUGAUGUCAGAAAAGAUUCGGUUCUUACUACUAUUACUGUAUAUAUCAUUACUUAAAACUAAACUACGUACUUAUCACAAUAUAAUUAAUGAAAUCAAUUUAUGUAUUCUUAUCAAGGAGUUAUUAAAGACAUUUUAUUAUUGCUA